AUGCUGCAUGUUUCUGGGUCUACGUCGAUUAUCUCCGGUCCUCGACCGUAUCUACCGUAUGUAGGUGAUGCCGGAGGUGAUGGUGACGAAGACAAUGGCGUUGGCGGCUUCUUUUUGCGCCGUGAAGAACUACGGGAGAAGGACGCUCCAGCGGAACUUCGGUUCCGUUUUGAAGGUCUGAAGGUGAAGAGGCGUCUACAGUGGGAAGAGAAGAGAGAGGACAAAAGACAUGAUGUUUCUGUCACAUCAAUUAGGAUUGGUGUCUCAUCCACAGUACAUGCAGCAGGGAAAUGGAAUAAUUUGUGGGGAAAAAACAGAGAAAAAUCCAAUCUUUCAGAGGCAGUCCACAGCUGCAUAGAAAACUCUGAAAAAAUCCCAUUGGCAGAAAUCAAUUCGAUUUUGAAUAGAGUUGGAAUGGUGGGAUUGGAUGAUUGUGAGAAUAAGAGCAAUCUAGGUGAAGAAGAUUUAGUGGGGCUGUUUGAGGAGGAAGAGCCCAGUUUUGAGGAGAUUAAGGAGACAUUUAAGGUGUUUGAUGUGGACGAGGAUGGCUUUGUCGGCGCUGCAGAUUUGCAGAGAGUUGUCCGUAGCUUAGGUUUGAAGGAACAUUGCAGUUUGGAUGAAUGCAGGGAGAUGAUCAAACCUUUUGAUCAAAAUAGUGAUGGAUUCAUUGAUUUUCAUGAAUUUGUCACUUUCAUGGAGAAAUGUCUGUGCUAG